UUGAAAGAACAUCAGAAAAUACAUACUUCUGUGGGAGAGUACAUGUGCUUUGAGUGUGACAAGACUUUUACUUCAGCAAACUAUUUAAAACUGCAUGAGAGGAUUCACACUGGAGAAAAACCUUAUAAGUGUUCACACUGUGACAAGAGAUUCAAUCAUUCAACACAUCUGAAAACACAUGAGAGGAUCCACAGUGGUGAGAAACCUUAUAAGUGUUCACACUGCAACAAGAAAUUCAGUGAUUCAGGAAUCCUAAAAAGACAUGAGAGGAUCCACACUGGAGUGAAACCUUAUAAGUGUUCACAAUGUGACAAAAGAUUCAGUCAGUCAGUACAUCUGAACAGACACAAAAGGAUCCACACUGGAGUGAAACCUUAUAAGUGUUCACAAUGUGACAAACGAUUCAGUCAGUCAGUACAUCUGAACAGACACAAAAGGAUCCACACUGGAGUGAAACCUUAUAAGUGUUCACACUGUGACAAGAGAUUCAAUCAGCCAACACAUCUGAAAACACAUGAGAGGAUCCACAGUGGUGAGAAACCUUAUAAGUGUGAACAAUGCAACAAGAGAUUCAGUGAUUCAGGAAUCCUAAAAAGACAUGAGAGGAUCCACACUGGAGUGAAACCUUAUAAGUGUGAACACUGCAACAAGAGAUUCAGUGAUUCAGGAGACUCAAAAAGACAUGAGAGGACCCACACUGGAGUGAAACCUUAUAAGUGUGAACAAUGCAACAAGAGAUUCAGUGAUUCAGGAAUCCUAAAAAGACAUGAGAGGAUCCACACUGGAGUGAAACCUUAUAAGUGUUCACAAUGUGACAAAAGAUUCAGUCAGUCAGUACAUCUGAACAGACACAAAAGGAUCCACACUGGAGUGAAACCUUAUAAGUGUUCACACUGUGACAAGAGAUUCAAUCAGCCAACACAUUUGAAAACACAUGAGAGGAUCCACAGUGGUGAGAAACCUUAUAUGUGUUCACAUUGUGACAAGAGAUUCAGUUAUUUAACAACUCUAAAAACACAUGAGAGGAUCCACAAUGGAUAAUAACCAUUUCACUGCACUGCACGUGGGAAGCAUUUCACUCAAUCAUCUGCUAUAUGGUCAUACAAAAAACAAUCACUGUAAGGCCCCAUACACACGGAGAUAUGUUUAACUGUAUAUGUAAAAAAAAUUGUGUAUCAUAUUGGCAUUUCAUCCAGAUGAAUUGGGCAUUUUGGGAGCCUGAAAACACUGUUUUUUGAACUGGGUCCCAGACUGGAUAAAUCUGAAAAUUACACCUUUGCAUUUUGUGUGUACAGCCAAUACGUAUAUUUUGUGAAACAAUUAUGUCAUCACCUUACAUCUCUACCCUAGUCAGACACCAUUACGUCACGUCAUGCUUGUGUUCCUGCUGCAGAAUGUGCAUGUGGUCCUAAGUAGAUCAUCUUCAGAUCCAGCAUUUUCAGAUCUAAUGCUGCGGUCUCAUCGAAUGCUGCACAAUAAUGCAUCAGGCAGUAAAAUGUCAUCAGGAUAAAUCUGUCGUAACCAGUCAUAACAAGGGACAUGACAAAGAAAUAUCAUCUUAAGUUUUCACAGUGAAUAAAGUUCAUCUCCAUUUUCAAAACCAGCUAAUUCAACUGUGAGAUUCAGAUCAACUCAAAGGCGGAGUUCCAUAGUAGUAUCGAAAAGUGGAUGUUAACUGUUGUUCUUUUGGUGCUUGGUAAAUUAAGGGAAAACACUAACAGUUUAUUAUUGCUAUAUAAAUGUUAUCAAGCUACAUGCAAUAAUAUCAAAACUCUCUUGUACUGUAAUAUCAGUUCUCUCUUGUACUUUAGGGCUGUGAGAUUAAUCUAAUUUUGUAUUUGAUUGAGUUUGACUUCCGAGGAUUAUGAAAACAAGUUGUUUGAGUUAAAGUGAUAUAUUCAUUACAGUAGCGAACAUCAGAUGAACACAAUGAACAUCUGAUGGACAAGGUCCUCAACAAAUGUAUUACAAAUGACAAAGUAAUUUUUCUGAAAUCUGAAUACAUUUUUUGUUUUA